GUUACCAAGUGCGGGUUGGUGGUGCAGGUCUGCGUGGCAAACCCAAACCUGCUACUUUACUUUGCGAGAACAGCAGAGCACGAAAAGCUACUUAUUCACUAUCUAGCCGCCCGUAGUUGGUUUAUUCUCAUACUUUGAACACUGUGUCAGAAAUAAAUUGUAACUAAUUCAAUAGUGCAGUGGUCAAGAACUCGCGUGCGAGUAGCCUGGAAACGCGUCACCUGAAGAGAAGGAAUAUUACCACUUGAGGCGCUGGGCUGUGGCGGGGGUGCGCGGCGUGGCGUGGCUGCGCCUUGAAGUGAGCGUUGUCACGGAUUUACGCGUACCCUCAACUCACAGGAGGCCAUGAUCUCGACGAGGCUGGCGGCGCUGGUGAUGGCGGCGGUGUGUGUGACGCCUCCCACGGUCCUCAACGCUCACGCUCCCCAUGGCCGACACUGGAGACACCGGCACCACGAGCGAAGGUUCUACGAGGGGCGCCACCCGGGCCGCGACCACGCCCUCCACGCGGGCCACUCGGGCCACGCGAACUACAUGGUGUCCCAGAACCACGCGCUGGACAACUACAUCCAGAGAAAUGACGUGACGGAGCCGCCCCGUAAGAUAAUGCGUCCAAACUUCGGCGGGGCGGGGGCUGGGUCGAGAUGGGCGCUGAGCUACCAAGGUGGGGGGCUCGAACACUCCGCUGUCAACAAUACUGUAAGCAACGUGACCGCACAGCUGGGAGGGACAGCCUUCCUGCCCUGCCGCGUCGGCCACCUUGGGGACCGGCAGAUCUCCUGGAUUCGUCGCCGGGACUGGCACGUCCUUACUUCCGCCGACGUGCUAUUCACCCACGACCACCGCUUCUCUGUCCUGCACGUGGCGGGCUCCCAGGACUGGACUCUCUACAUCAGAUACGUGGAGGUAAAGGACACGGGGACGUACGAGUGCCAGGUGUCGACAGGGACUGGAAUCAUCUCCCUCUUCGUUAACCUCAAGGUGGUGACUCCGGAGGCUCACAUCCCUGGGGACGGGCAGUACCACGUCAAUCGGGGCUCCCCGAUCACCCUCUCCUGCGUCAUCGAUAAGAGUCCCACGCCGCCACAGUACGUGUUGUGGUACCAUAACGACGAGUUGCUCAACUACGCCAGGGGGCGGCCGGAGGUGCAGAUUGGCGAGGUGACGAGUGACAGGGACAGGGCGGUCAGCACACUGGAGGUUCACAGUGCAAGGGAUUUUCAUUCUGGCAACUACACCUGCACGGCACCCAACAUCCGCCCAGCCUCCACCCUCGUCUUCGUCACAGAAGGUGACAAGACGGCAGCGGUGCAGCGGAUAGACUCUGGGAAGGAUCGUCUGCAAGGGACAGUGAUUACUACGCUCUGCGCUGUCCUCCUCCACCUAGUGGCAGUGAGAUGAAUCACUGGCAUCACAGAAAAUUGUCGGAUUAUUAAGUAGGAAAGUAAUUCGUCUAUUACUUUAUUCCAUUUACAAUUGGAAUGUUUACUCAAAGUUUAUAGUGGUGCCUCAUCGAUGGAAAGUAUCCCAAGACAUUUGCAGGGUUAUCAUUGCUCACUGUGUGCACAAGUGGACGGUUAGUGUUCUGCAGCUUUGUGAGAGUGAGGGAUGAAGCUGUGGUCUCUCAGGUCUUGGUAAGAAAGCCGUGAAGGGCACAUUCGGAAAGCAAAUCCACGCGGCGUGUCCCUGGCUUCAGAACAGAGGAAACAUGCACACGGUUCGUGCUCUUGGAUGAGCUGCAAGAAGCCCUUCGUUACCCUUGACCUAUGUGGGAAAAUAUAAAUUUGCUUUCUAUCUAUUUGAACGGCAUCGGAAUAUAGAAAAAAAUGUAAAACAAGUAUUUCUCUUAUCGAAAAUCAAGAGGUAAAAUGGUUAAAGGUUUCUUUUUAGUGAAAAUCCGACUUAACAACAGUCACAACAGAAGACAUACCACCUAACCAGACUUGGGAUUCAUGCAGCGUCAGCGUGGGCGGCCAGUCAACUACCGAGCGUGCUGUGUAUUGCUGUCUCGUGGGUAGUGGGUGUCUGAAGAAGCCGUCUGAACACUGGUUAUAUACCGGAGACCAAGCAGCUGUAAUAAAAGGUGUACCUCAAGACAAUCUCGGGACCUGAAGGUGUUCUCACGGUGUCUGGCCACAGGUGCCGGACUCGCAGCCAAGGACGCUGGACUCUCACGGGGGUUGCGUGCCCAGAGGAAUUACUGAGCUUUAUUUACGUUUAUGAAUCGUGUUAAAAGACAUUCUAUUAUGUCCACUGCGCGCAUAAAAUGGACUCGGGACGACGCAGGGCACGGCAUGAAGCAUAAGACCCAAGGCAGUUGCAGAAUCGCGUGCCGUGCAUGCGGAAGUGCACAUGAGGACGCGGCUUUCGGCCAGGUGUCUGUGUUCCCCCAGAGAGGCAAGGUCUGCCCGAUAUAUAUUUUCGUAAACAAAAAUCGUGAUGGGCCUCGGUGCCUAUUAUAUUGUAUUACUCUACUAAUGUGAUGCGUGUUAUUAUUAUGUUGGCUAUUUUGGACACAAUAUAACGUGUGUGUGUGUGUGUGUGUGUGUGUGUGUGUGUGUGUGUGUGUGUGUGUGUGUGUGUGUGUGUGUGUGUGUGUGUGUGUGUUUGUUCGAUUGUGUGUGUGUGUGUGUGUGUGUGUGUGUGUGUGUGUGUGUGUGUGUGUGUGUGUGUGUGUGUAAACGCGCGCGUGCGCGACUUCUUCCUUAGGGUUAGUGAUAUUAAAAAAUGGAGAUAAAAUAGUUCUUUGGCCAGAGAACAAAAUGAAGUUCGAAAGGAAUGGACACCAGGCUCGAGGCAUCCCCUCCCAUCUCCCCUUCUCGUGCGGCCAUGCUGAGGGGCGCGGCACAGGGCCGGCCGCCGCCGCUGCUCCGUAUUAGUUUCUCAGGUUGUCCUCUGCGUCACGACUUAGCUGAACAUCACCACUUACUGUCUACGGUAUUCAUACGUGCAUACAUACCUACAUGAAUAUAUAUACGUUUCACCCGACUUACCAUACAACUAUUCAUCUCAUUUUUCAUAAAAAAAAAAUAUAGAAAACGUAUACUCGCAUGGACACAAAUGUAAGUUUCCACCGAUCUUUGCCAAGAGGGACACACUGCCUUGUGUCUCGUCUCCAAACCUACGAGUUCCUGAUUUAGUGGCAGUUUGGAGGAAAGUUUCAACGACUUCACAUGUCCACUUGCCUCCGAAUAUUACUCAAACAGUAGCACGGAGACUCAUGAGUUGCUCAUACUUCAUCUUACAUAUCCAACAAUCAACUUUUUUCUCGAAGAUUAAUUUUACGUCUUGGACCAUAUUUUAGGAGAGCUUUUGCGAUUUUUUACAUGGUAGGGUAUUCCAAGGACGGGGUCACAAAAUGCGUAAAGACCGUCUGAAGACAAUGACCGACGGAGCUCCCAUCACCCGGCCUCCCGUGCCUCACUGUUCUCAUCGUUGACCGUGUGGGUGUCGUCACCAUUCGCUGUUUGGUGUCCGUUGGGUGUUCCUUAGUAGUAAUUCUCCAAAAACGCCGGAUGCAGGAAGACAGUAACGAGGAAGUCAGCAAACUGAAAGCACCCUCACUUUUGACUUUGCUUUCUUUCGUUGAUUACACUUUAUAAUAUAUUCUUCUCGUAAAAUAAAAUAUAUUUCAGUUAUAAAUUAUAAUAUUCUUUGAUCCAUUUGCUGCAGUGAAGGUUAGAAAAGUAUAUUUCAUUAUAUCACGUUUCACCUUCCACUGUCCUUCUAACGACCAGCGGCACGACUCACUCACUCGACCUUGUUGUUCCGGCAAGACUUAGUUUGUCAAGAGGUUGCCAUGACCAAGGCGGGAGUUGUGUCUCUUGGAUACGCAGUUGGCAGCCUUGUUCUGACGCUCCUCCCGGUGCGUGACUAAGGCUGGCCGAAGGCUCUUUCAUACAGUAGCUGCUGGGGCUCAGGCUGAUGACCGCUCGCUGUUAUGUAGUCCUUGAGGUCAAAUAACUGGCUUGCCUCCGUGUCUUCCUGUCAACUGCCUCUGACCGACAUGAACAAAAUGUUUUCGGGGUAACUAGAUCAUGAUGUCUUCGUAUAACUGAGUAGCGACCAUGUUAUUUUAUGUAUUUAUGUAUAUGAGUGUCACAUGAUCAUGAGAAAUAGUUAUGUGUGAUACAAACAGAGAAUUAUAAUAAACAUUUACAAGC